AUGUCGGCACCAGCUGCAGUUUUAGCCCGUGAAAGAAAUGGUAGAAGAGGACCAAAUCUUAAUAUUGUUCUAACCUGUCCAGAAUGCAAAGUUUACCCACCCAAGGUAGCGGAAAGGUUUAGCGAAGGUGAUAUUGUAUGCGCCUUGUGUGGACUAGUGCUGUCUGACAGACUGGUUGACACGCGAUCCGAGUGGCGUACUUUCUCGAACGAUGACCAAAACGGUGAUGAUCCUAGUCGUGUUGGUGAGGCGUCCAAUCCAUUGUUGGAUGGAAACAGCUUAUCGACAAGAAUAGGGCAAGGAGAAAGCGGUGAUGUGCGUGCCAUGAGGGAUUUGAAUAGAGCACAGGAGAAAAAUGUGAUGGACAAAAAGGAUAAUGAACUGCAAGCUGUGUUUGCCAAAAUCACAAUGCUUUGUGAUGCGGCGGAACUGCCUAAGAUCGUAAAAGAUUGUGCAAAGGAGGCAUACAAGCUCUGUCAUGAUGAAAAAACACUCAAGGGUAAAUCGACGGAAAGCAUAAUGGCUGCAGCUAUUCUUAUGGGAUGUAGACGUGCUGAAGUGGCGAGAACAUUCAAAGAGAUUCAAUCCAUCAUUCAUGUUAAAACCAAAGAAUUUUUCAAAACACUAGGAAUAAUGAAAGCCAUCCUAAGAGAAAAGAGUUCUGAUGGUCUUAUCAAGAUUGAUACUGAUAAUAUGAGUGGAGCUCAAAAUUUGACAUAUAUUCCAAGAUUUUGUUCUCAUUUGGGACUACCGAUGCAAGUUACAACAGCUGCUGAAUAUACCGCUAAAAAAUGUAAGGAAAUCGAAGAAAUUGCCGGUAAGUCUCCGAUUACCAUUGCAGUGGUUUCUAUUUAUCUUAACAUUUUACUGUUCAAGUUACCUGUAUCUGCUGCCAAGGUUGGCCAGAUAUUACAAGUUACAGAGGGGACUAUAAAAUCUGGUUAUAAGAUCCUGUACGAACACAGGGAGAAGAUUGUUGAUCCGCAAUUGAUUGCCAAUGGUACUGUGUCAUUUGAUAACUUGCCAAGGGUUGAUAAAGACAGAUCUUCAAAAGCAGAAAGGAAAAAAGAGUGA